ACAUCCUGAGUGUGAAGGGGUGUGGCCAGCAUCGGGGGCGGGGUCAGUCAAAGAUUGCCCUAUUGAGGCGUGGUGGGGGGGGCGAGAUGGGACUAGGAGUUGGGGAUAGGGUUUCUCUUUGGGGGCGUGGCUUGUGGGUCCUAGCUUUCCCGCCGACGGUUGGCCACAUCACGUGACAUGGGUUGGAAGAUGGCGUCUCCCACAGAGGGGACGGAUCUGGAAGCAUCUUUGUUAAGUUUUGAAAAACUUGACCGUGCCUCACCAGACCUUUGGCCAGAACAAUUACCAGGUGUUGCUGAAUUUGCAGCUUCUUUCAAGAGUCCUAUUACUAGCUCACCACCCAAAUGGAUGGCUGAAAUAGAACGUGAUGAUAUCGACAUGUUGAAAGAACUGGGGAGCCUCACCACAGCUAACUUGAUGGAGAAGGUACGAGGCCUACAGAACCUGGCCUAUCAGCUGGGGCUAGAUGAGUCCAGAGAAAUGACACGGGGGAAAUUCCUCAACAUUCUAGAGAAACCCAAGAAGUAGCAGCAGCGUGUGGACAGGAUGUCCCAGGAGCUGGAACCACGCUCCACUCCCAGUGCAGCUCUGAUGAUGCGACCUCACUGCUUCCUGGCGAGAGGCUGGAGGGGGCACCUCCAGGGCUGACCCUCUCCCCCACUCCUGGGACUCUGCGCCUCUGAGGACUUUGGGCAGCAAGAGAAGACUCUGUUCUACCCAAGGAUCAAUGCAGUUAUUCACUUAGCUUCCAGACUUUGACCGUCUCCAUCUCAGAUGUUGGUAACACCAGAGGGCACAUCAUUCUUAAAGGUCAAAGUCCUGCUUUCUCGUUUCCAGAAGUGAUUCAGGAGCCUCAGGAUCUUACAGUUGACUUGAUUCAGUGAUGGCAGAGUCCGUUGUGACAGCGAUUGCAUGGGUUAUUUUGAGUUGUACUUGAUCUUUUAGGAAGUAUUGAUGAUGCGAGGAGCCCAGAGACCAAUUAGAUUCUGGACCAGACCAUGCAGGUUGACCUGUAAGCUCUCCAGUGUAUACUAGGUUCCAAGAAUCCCCGGCUGGAGUAACCAGAAUCUUCUACAAAUGUAUGCCUGCCUUUAAAAUUCUAUACCUCUCAUGAAAGGCCCAUACCCUAACGCCUUCCAUUCCCCACCUCCCAACCCCACCAUUCGUUCUGACUCCAGGGAAGGGGAUCCCUGUGUAUCAGGCCCCCUGGGAUUAGCUUGUGUAGUGAAAGGCCCGUACGAGGUUGCAGUAGACCUCAAGACCAAUUUGAAGGUGACAGAAAGGACUUUUGAGUUCUAGUUAAUCUGUUACAGAUUCAAGCGAGACAGUUAGUAUGGCCUGAAGGUGGGGAAAGGGGAUGUUUGCAGGAGUUCCCACUUGAUUAAAAACGAGAAACUCUGAUUGGCCUUAAAGGAAUGUGCGUGCUGUGGAAUGGGGCCGUGUCUGUCCCCCCGCGGCCCUCUCACGGCGCAUCGCAGAUGUUUCACCCAUCUGACAGAAGCACAUAUGAAAGAACGAAUUUCCUCACUUAUAUAUAACUUACAGAGCUCUUUGCCAGUUAUCUGUCUCUAUGUUCAAACCUGAAAAUCUAGCCGGUGGGUAAUAGUGAUUACACAUGUUCUCCAUAUUUGGUCUUAUAAACUAGCCCCCAGCCUCUAAUGUUUUUAAAAAUACAUGGAGUUUCCUAAACUUGAUGAAAAGAACAUCCAUGUGGCAGUCUGAUGGUGUUUGGACACAAGGAAAGUCGCGGUGAGGUUUGUGGCCCUGCGUGUCUAUGCCAGGGCGCAUUACUGUUCAGUUCAGUGACUGGUCCAUUUCCUGACAGGUGUGCCUUGUUUCCCAGCUAGAGUUAAUGUUGGAGUUUUCUCUCAUCUGUGCCAUUUGCGAUUGUACUUAUUGACAAGAAGGAGAAAAUUGAACACAAGACGCAAAGGACGAGUAUGAAACGGAAAACAUUCUGGUUGGAUGCUACAGAGAAGGUUAGGCUGUAGAGGCUUUGCCUGUAAGUUAAGUUUAUUGUUGACAUUCCUGUAUCUUAAAUGUGGUUGAAGAGAGUGUGUAUGCACAAAAAGUAGCGCCGCAGCAUCAGGUUCGUCCUUUGCUCUGUUUUUGAGAGUUGAUGACGUCAAAAGGGGAAACAGAAAUAUGUGGAGUAUGUUGGGAUACCUCCCCAAAACCAACUCGUCUGUAAGCUGCGGCUAUGAGGUUGGUGUUUGGUCUGCUUUGGCCUCUCUUUUACUGUCGUCUUAGUCACCAGCACUUAAUGUAAGUCGAUAUUUUAGAAUUGUGAUAUUUAUUGGUUUUAUAUGUAUCGUCCUCAGAAAUGUUAAUGACGUGUUUUUAUAUGCUAAUAUAAAUGUAUGUACAAUGUGUGCAUGUAUGUAUUUCAUGGUGUUGGAGGAUUGUACUAUGUAUUUA